GCCGCUCACCCUUCGCCGCCACGAUGGGGGAGAACGACGCCGCGCUCCGGGCCGGCGGCAGGGGGCUCUCGGACCCGUGGGCAGACUCCGUGGGGGUGAGACCCCGCACCACCGAGCGCCACAUCACGGUGCACAAGCGGCUCGUCCUGGCCUUCGCCGUGUCCAUCGUGGCGCUGCUCGCGGUCACCAUGCUCGCCGUGCUGCUCAGCUUGCGCUUCGACGACUGCGGGCGAGACAGUGGGGAACUGGUCACUGUGGACAUUCCUCCUACCACUGUUUGUUAUGCCGCCCAAGCAGAGUUCAAAAGACAGGGAGAGGAAGGAGCAGAGCCCCUUCGCCAUGAAGAAGAGAGUGAAGAGAAAGGCUGUGGUAUUUUACAGCUCGACAAGCCCCAUGCUUGGUUCAGAUUCCUUGGUGUUACUCAGUUUUCUCCUACACAUGCCAGAAAGGCAUUUCCUUGUUUUGAUGAGCCCAUCUACAAGGCAACGUUUAAAAUCAGCAUCAAGCAUCAAGCAACCUACUUAUCUUUAUCUAACAUGCCUGUGGAAACAUCUGUGUUUGAGGAAGAUGGAUGGGUUACGGAUCACUUUUCACAGACCCCUCUCAUGUCCACAUAUUACUUAGCCUGGGCUAUCUGCAACUUCACAUACAGAGAAACUAUCACCAAGAGCGGUGUUGUAGUACGAUUAUAUGCAAGACCCGACGCUAUCAGAAGAGGAUCUGGGGACUAUGCUCUUCAUAUAACAAAGAGACUAAUAGAAUUCUAUGAGGACUACUUUAAAGUGCCCUACUCCUUGCCAAAACUAGAUCUUUUAGCUGUGCCUAAGCAUCCGUAUGCUGCUAUGGAGAACUGGGGACUAAGUAUUUUUGUGGAACAGAGAAUACUGCUGGAUCCCAGUGUGUCAUCUAUUUCUUAUUUGCUGGAUGUCACCAUGGUCAUUGUUCAUGAGAUAUGUCACCAGUGGUUUGGUGACCUCGUGACUCCAGUUUGGUGGGAAGACGUGUGGCUGAAGGAAGGCUUUGCUCACUACUUUGAAUUUGUUGGUACAGACUACCUCUACCCGGGCUGGAACAUGGAAAAGCAGCGCUUCCUGACGGAUGUUCUGCAUGAGGUGAUGCUGCUGGACGGCUUGGCCAGUUCCCAUCCAGUGUCGCAGGAAGUGCUCCAGGCGACAGACAUCGACAGGGUGUUUGACUGGAUCGCCUAUAAAAAGGGUGCUGCUUUAAUUAGAAUGCUGGCUAAUUUUAUGGGCCAUUCAGUAUUUCAGAGGGGUUUGCAAGAUUAUUUAACCAUCCAUAAGUAUGGCAAUGCAGCCAGAAAUGAUCUCUGGAAUACGCUUUCCGAGGCUUUAAAAAGGAAUGGAAAAUAUGUAAAUAUACAAGAAGUAAUGGACCAGUGGACACUCCAGAUGGGUUAUCCUGUUAUCACCAUCUUGGGAAAUACAACAGCAGAAAAUUGGAUAAUAAUCACCCAACAACAUUUUAUUUAUGACAUCAGUGCUAAAACUAAAGCACUCACGCUUCAAAAUAACAGUUACCGGUGGCAGAUUCCAUUAACUAUUGUGGUAGGAAACAGAAGCCAUGUGUCUUCAGAAGCAAUUAUUUGGGUGUCAAACAAAUCAGAGCACCACAGAAUAACUUAUUUUGACAAAGGAAGCUGGUUGCUUGGGAACAUCAAUCAAACUGGCUAUUUUCGAGUCAACUAUGAUUUAAGGAAUUGGAGAUUAUUAAUUGAUCAAUUAAUCAGGAACCAUGAGGUUCUCUCUGUCAGUAAUCGAGCCGGUUUGAUCGACGAUGCCUUCAGCCUGGCCAGAGCUGGCUAUUUGCCUCAGAAUAUUCCCCUGGAGAUGAUCAGAUACCUGUCUGCGGAGAAAGAUUUUCUUCCUUGGCACGCAGCCAGCCGAGCUCUUUACCCGCUGGAUAAAUUACUGGACCGCAUGGAGAAAUACAAUGUCUUCAAUGAAUAUAUUUUAAAGCAAGUUGCAACAACGUACAUCAAGCUUGGAUGGCCAAAAAACAAUUUUAAUGGAUCUCUUGUUCAAGCGUCCUACCAACAUGAAGAACUACGCCGAGAAGUUAUAAUGCUGGCCUGCAGUUUUGGCAACAAGCACUGUCACCAACAGGCAUCAACACUUAUUUCAGAUUGGAUUUCCAGCAACAGGAACAGAAUACCACUAAAUGUUAGAGACAUCGUCUACUGUACAGGAGUUUCACUGCUCGAUGAGGACGUCUGGGAGUUCAUAUGGAUGAAAUUCCACUCCACCACGGCAGUUUCCGAGAAGAAAAUAUUAUUGGAAGCCUUAACUUGCAGUGAUGACAGGAAUUUAUUAAAUAGACUUCUGAAUCUGUCACUGAAUUCUGAGGUGGUGCUGGAUCAAGAUGCCAUUGACGUGAUAAUCCAUGUAGCUCGAAAUCCACAUGGCCGGGACCUUGCCUGGAAGUUCUUUAGAGAUAAGUGGAAGAUAUUAAAUACCAGGUAUGGAGAGGCAUUAUUUAUGAAUUCCAAACUUAUCAGUGGAGUUACAGAAUUUCUCAAUACUGAAGGUGAACUCAAAGAGCUAAAGAACUUCAUGAAGAACUAUGAUGGAGUAGCUGCUGCCUCUUUCUCAAGAGCCGUGGAAACUGUUGAAGCCAAUGUGCGCUGGAAAAUGCUUUACCAAGACGAGCUUUUCCAAUGGUUAGGAAAAGCUCUGAGACACUAGGAGGUGUCUCAUAAACAACUCAACUCAGAAUUUCUGUGAGAAGCCCUACUUUAUGCAGAAUGAGGAAAAUUGCCAGAUUUUCAGUGUUAACGUGUGGGAGGAAUUUUUUUUUAAUUGUUGAUUUUGGGGGAUUUUGUUUGUUUGUUUCAUUCAUUCUGUUUUGUUUCUCCAUUGGGCGUUCUUCUUUAAAGAAACUCUUGCAAAUGAAACUAGCCAUGACUGCUUCAGCUGUACAUUCCUUGCUCUACAGGACCAAAUAUGAUAGUGGUGCAUGUUGGUGUUGCAGUCAAUUUGGAAAAAACAUACUCAGAAUAUUUUGUGCAUGGUCGUAUGGUCCUGCCUGUGUUCCAGCAUGCUUAUUUAAAAUGUCCAAUGUUGUAUGUUACACAUGUUACAUCCAGGAUGGGCAUUAUGCAAAAGCACAAAGAUUAUCUAUGACAAUCAGUGUUGCAAUGAAAGAAAAACUAAAAAAGGAAAUUAUAUUCUCAGUCUUGGGCAGUGUAAGAGGUAAAAUAGCCCUUUAAGUGAUCAAGGUCACUUAUUUCAGCACAUGGAUUGUCUUGCAAUGAUUAUUGUGUUGUUAACUCAUUUUUUGAGUUAAAGUUGUGUAUAUGUUUAAAAAAGGCAUAUAGAUAGUGUAUGCAUAUGUAUAUGUACAUAGGGAAACCCCAUAUGUAUAUAGUAUGUUGUACACUGCACCUCUGCAAAGAAUCUCUUCAGAUUAAGGACAAUUUAUCUCUUUUUAUAAACUUCUGCAAACUUUGAAAAGGCUGAAAAGAAUUUAUCUCAACACUAUCUUUCUGGACAAUUUCCUAAGUUUCUCAACUGUUAUAAAUUUGUUUCAUCUACUUCCUUAACGGUGGUCUAUUCUACUACAUAAAAAAUGGAUUCAAACAAAAUUUAUGUAUAAACACUUUUCUAAUUCUCCUAAGUGGCAGCCUUGCAUUCUAAAUAUAAAUUAUGUCAUCAUUUUGGUCAAACUUCCUAUUGCAUAAAUUGUGCAUACUUAAUAAUUAUUAGUGCUGCAAAAAAUAUUUAUUUUUUCAUCUUGUUUGUAUUUCCAGCUCACGUUGGGUGGUCCAGAGAGUUAAACACUCUCUGUGUGUCGGUUUUGUGUCUGUGAAUCUAAUCCUCCAUUAAGCAACCAUACCUCAAGUGGGUCUAUUAGCCCUUAAUGACCCUUAAUGCCAGUUGUGCCAUCCAUAUGUUAAAAUUAAGUCCAAAAGUUACUUUUCUUGAGCAAAACUUUUUCUUUGGCAUGGACAACACUUUUCUUUUUGUUAUGUAACGCAGAUUUUUUAAAUGGUAUUCUCACACUGUGAGCCAGCUCUCCAAGCAUAGCUUAGAUGCUCCAAACUGACAUAUUUUAAGUUUCUCAUUAUAAAAUACCAAUACAACUACUGUACAUAAGCCAAAUGUUUGUGAACCACUUUCUAUUUUCCUGAGGUUUUUACUCUUCCAAACCUCCUUCAAAUCUUAUUGCAGAUCACUGAAAGAAAAUAUUCUAACUCUAAUAGUUGGUGAACACUAGCCAAAAAAACAAAAACAAACAAAAGAAACUCAGGUAUUUUAGAAACCUGAGCCAUAGAUUUAUUAGAGGUUUAUAGUUCCUAAUCCACAGAAUGAGUAUCACCUAAAAUUGAAUUUUAUCUUUUUUAGCACUUAAUAUCUAUUACUUAUAUCUAUUUUUUUCAGUGCUUAUUUUAAUUAAAACACAUGAAUUUUAAAUACUCUAUGUGGUGUUUCUAAGACAUAGUAAUGCUUAGUAUAAAAUUCAAGAGCCAUCCACCUAUCAGAAGUGAUGAAAUUUAAUUAGUACUCAUCACAUAUGGGAACUUUUUAAGGGGUAAGUUCUGAAACAGGACAAUAAUAAAUAUCACACUGAUGUGCAGUCCAAAACAUGUACUAUAUCACCAUUGGACUCAUGUAUUAAGAGAAGAUAAAAAAAUUGAGGUGGAUAUCUUGUUUUGUGUUGUGAAUUACUGAAAAUUCUUAGUAGUUGUGACAUUUUUGAGUGAAAUCACCAUUUCCACAUUUGAGUUAGAAGGGCUUUUAUAGUUCAUUUUUCCUCCCCACUGUUAAUAAUCCUCUUUCAGUGUUUUAGUGGCCUUGAACAACUGGUUUAGCUACCGUGUCCGAUCCUAAGUGUAUGAUUAUGUGCGAUGUUCAAUACCUCAUAUAAUACUUGUUCAACAGUAUAAGUGAUAUCAAUGGCAUUGAGAUGGAAUUUUUGUUCUACAUAUUUUUCAAUGAUUAUUCUUUGAAAUGUUGACGAUUAUAUCAGGCUUUAACAUUUUUUAGUUGUUUAAAUAAGUAAUAUUUUCCAAAUAAUAAAAUAACUACUGAUAUCUCUUGGAAUAUUAUGUAAAAUGUAGUUAUAAAAUUCUAUUUUCUACAUAGAGUUUUUAUCUUUUUUUUCUUCUUUGUCUGUUUUACAACUCAUAUAUAUGCAUGAAAUAGCAAAUUGUGGAAGUGUCCAAUAGCUAGGCUUAAAACUUUACUGUGCCAGUAUAUGUACAAUGGCAAAACUUGGUUUCAAUUAAAAACGACUAAAUUAUUUACCAUAUUGAAUAUUAAAUAUCUCUAGGUAACUUGUAAAUAAAAAGUUUUCCCCAUUUUGACACAUUUUCCCUUAAAAGUUUCUUAUAAUCUUUGAAAAAAAUUUAAAAUAUAUAAGCACAAGGUCUAAAGCUAAUAUCUACAAUGCUAGGUUUAUUCUUGAGUUUCAAUAACAUGGAUUUUAGCUGGAGCUUAAAGUCAUUUUGGUGUAUAUUAUUUCUUGGAUAAUUGUAGGACUAAAGUUUUAGUGGUGGUGCAAUUUACAAAUAUUAUAAUUGUAAUAUCUUACAAGGUUAUUAAGAUUAUACCAUAUGAUUACAUAUUGCAUUUCAUUUUCAAAGAAAUUUAACACAUGCCAUUUUGUUUGACUCUUUUCAAAAACAUAAUAAAUCAUAUUAGUCCUGGUUGUUUGAUGAGAAAACUGAGGCACAGAGUAGCAAUGCGAAGUAUUUAAAAAUUACAUAGUUGUUACUUUGGGAACAGGUAAAAUAACCCAAGACUUUCAAUACAGCCAUUUUACAACUAAAAUAGAAAGACAUGUUUGAAAUAUCUCUAUUCACUGCAUUAGUUGAAGAUUUUCCAAAUACUGGAAGCAGUAUCAAAAUAUGUGAUUAAACAGAUCUACAAUAAGUAUGUUAUUUUUGAAGUCUUUGUUUCUAAUUUGCUUGAUUUGGAACAACUGGAUGAAAUGUUAAUCACCAUUGACUUUGGUCAGCAUAAGUAACCAAAUAUUGGGACAAAAUGUAUAGUUUAGUGACUAUAGUUUUCUUUUUUUUUAAUCUUUUGGUUAACAUUGUUUAAGUGACCUUAAAAUACUGAUAAUUUGAUUUAUUUCCCACACAAAUUUCUCUAAUAAACUCUAUCUGUAGUAACAAA